CUUCUACUUCAUCCUUUUGUUAACCUCACUUGAUCUCUUGCUUUCUUCCUUCCGCCGUUGAAGAUACAUGGAUAAACGCGCGUUGUCUGUCCCCUCUCCCUUCGGCGGCGGCGACAACAAGCCGAAGACUGCGCUCAGUUUCCACAUCAUAGACCACCAACAGUUCAUAGAUUCGGUCAUAGGAGGACAUUCAUAUGAUUACUCCGAAGAAGCAAAAUGCAAAGUGGAUAAUCUCCACGGAAUCGUCAAGAACAUCAUUUCUGUCGCAACCCAGUUCGUCGAUGGGGAAAACGUUCCCAAAGGGGAUCUUUCAAAGGCCCCGGGAAUCAAUAUUUCGAGCGACAUAUUACAGCUGAUCGAGUGCAUCAACUGUCAGAUGACAUGCCAGGCCAAGGAAUUCAAAAAUAUGGAAGAGACGUGGAAAGCGAUAUUCCAGAAGCUACGAAGCUAUCGAUGGACCACGCAAGUCCUGCUCGUCCUCGCAGCCUUCGCUCUGCAAUACGGCGACUUCUGGUAUGCCUCGGAAGCUCCCCCUGAGGGCAGAAAUGCCAUGUCCGAUUACCUCUGGAAAGCCCUGAGAUCAUUGAAGAAGAAGGUCAUAUCCGACGGCAACAAGGUGGCGAUAAAACCUCUCAACGAUGUGGUCAAAGACCUCUGUGAGUUGACCACUUCCUUGUCUGAUCUCACCCAGCUGGUGUAUCAGUACCGUGGGAAGCACCUGCCUGAAUUGGCAAGAGCAUUCCAAUCAAUACCUCGGUGGAGCUGCGAGACCAUCAUCGCCAUUCUGGCUGCGGCGAACAUUUUUGCCCAGACCAUCAGUGUCAGUACAAUGUUUAUAACAUCAGAACUGGAAAAUCUUAAGCUGAGUGUGUCGGACAGGAGGAAAGCUGUUCGCCUAGCGGUCACUGCCUGCAAGGAACAAAUAGGCAACAUGGAGGAAUAUCAGAAGUACGUGAAAGACGUCGAAGCUGCUGUGGAUAUUGCAGACUUUCUGAGAUUACUGCUUGCGGACGAUUCCAAACAGAAUCCAUUUGCUCCUGGUCCCAGUAACAAGCCGGUCAAGUAUGAGUUGUUCAGGAAGAAGAUUGUAUUGCUGAUAAUUUCGGGCCAAAAAAUCCCUGAAUUUGACAUUGCGAUUAUUGAGAGCAUACAUAAGGGUCGUCAGGAAAGCCCAAAAGGUGGGAUUGUCCCGAUUCAAAUGGAGUCCGAAUCUCAAAAGAAAAAGGUGGAGGAGACAGUGACUGUCUCCGAGACACGGUAUGAGCUUGUUUGGAUUCCUAUUGUGGAUGCGGGGCAAGACAAAUUGGAAGCGCUGCCGAGCUUCGAGUCUGUAAGGCCAUGGGCAUUUGUGGUAGACCCUCGUAAGAUGAAUAAGUUCGCCGCUAGAUAUAUCAAGGAAGAGUGGCAUUUCAAGCGAGAAACCAUGGUUGUGGUGUUGGACUCUCUUGGUUGGGUGGAGAACACAGAUGCCAUGCCCAUGCUCCGGCUACGGGAGACAGAUGCUUUCCCUUACACAGGGAAUGAAAGUACCCUUCUGUGGAGGGGCCGACGGAAUUGGUUUCAGCUUCUAUUAAGUGAACCGGAAAGUACAUUAGAUGCGGUUAAGGAUGAGUACAUAUUGUUUUCGGGAGGACUUCCUGCUGUGGAGGUAGCAGGUGAUGCCCGCGACGGAGUUCGUAACUUUAAGGAAGUUCUCAUUGACGAUAUGAAGCACUUCCGCAUCCUCUUAAGGAGUUGCUUGAUCACUAGGUUGCAAGAUCUACAAAUUCAGAAAAAAGGCGGUGACGCAUUGCUUGAUCGCAUGGUAUACGAGAUGAGUGAAGUCUACCGAGCCUGUCGAAGAGGCGGGGUUGCAAUACUCACCAAACGGCAAGAUCUGGAGCUGCGGCUUGUGGGUCUUUCGAGUGAUUUAAGAUUGGUGAGGGAUCAAGCCAAGGAUGGGUGGACAGAUCUUGCAAAAGGUUUCGAGAAGAAGUAUGAAGACGCUCAACAGCAGUCCAAGUGCCUGCACGUCUGCGUGCCGCAGUUUCCCGAUCUCGAGGAUUUGUACUGCCCUCUCUGUAACCAGCUCAUGGAUCUUUGCCUUGAGUGUUGCCAUUCCGACUCCGACUGAAGGGGGCUCGCGACGCGCGAAGGCCUCAGCCGAUGCCGACACUGAGAAGAAACCUUCAGUUCGAAGCAUGUUUGGCUGUGGAGUGUAUGAGGUGUGACAAGUGUGUUCUACUAGUGUGGUGUGUUAAUAAUAGCCUCUCUGUUAACGAGAGAGCUAACUGGUAUUUACUUUCGUAUGGGUUGUAAUGCGAUUGUGCUUCGGGCCGUAAGAGCCUCUCAGGGCCUUACUGCCAUUUCAUCGAAUAAAUAUAGAGAUUGACUAUGUUAUGUGU